CAAACUCGCCGGAAGAACUCCAGACACCAUUUGAAUUUGUGACCAGAGCGUUUAAAUUAUGCAGAAAGUUAUUUCACAUUCGUAUAGGUUUUUGUGUUUUGAAACUACCUGUACUGACCCGUGACGACACACCUCCGUAGUAGAGUGGGAUUUGAAGCUUCUAGCCCGCAGAUUGGAGCUGUGAUCCCCAGUCCGCUCGGAUGGCUCUGGAAUUAAAAUCGAGGCGAUUCGCUGUGGAAACAGGACACUAACCAGAGAGGGUACGUCCAGAAAUUGGCUCAGAAGUAAAAGAGGCUCGUCGAGCUUUGAAACCAGAGCGCCGCCGAGCUGGACUUUUGUGGAUGGAUUUCUCCAAGAAGCUCAGCUUCUGAGGAAAGCAGGGAUGUCCCGCCAUUCCUUGCAGCGGAAGAGUGCUCCUCUGCGCAGUGAAUGAACGAAGAACAUGCAGGGAUUGCUAAUGGGUUCUACUCUUUCUCGGGUCCCUCUCUUGUGACCAUGUCGUGAUCCUGUCCCCGGGCCUUCCGAUCGCUCCUUGCUCGCCCCUCGAUCGAAUCCGAGCGUGGAAGCUGCUCCCGAGAGAAGGUGCUGCCGGCGGGCCGGAGGAAUCAAACCGCUGGUAUUGCUCUCAAUACAAGAAAUCAUGAAGAUUAUCUGUCCGUUUCUAAACAACCUGGUCUUUGAGUGCUCGACUAGAUUUUUCCUGUGCUUGUUGUGGAUGGGAUAUUCUCAAGGAAUGCCGCACGUUUUAAGAUUUGGGGGUAUUUUUGAGUCAGUGGAGCAAGCCCCAUCGGGGGCAGAGGAACUAGCCUUUAAGUUUGCAUUAAAUACAAUCAACAGAAAUAGAACACUGCUGCCAAACACAACAUUAACCUAUGACAUCCAAAGGAUAAAUAUUUACGACAGUUUUGAAGCAUCCAGAAAAGAAUUAUGUAUCUCCUCUUCAGCCUGUGAUCAACUGUCCCUUGGGGUGGCAGCCAUCUUUGGGCCUUCUCAUAGUUCUUCAGCUAACGCAGUGCAGUCCAUUUGCAAUGCUCUCGGGGUUCCCCACAUACAGACGCGGUGGAAGCAUCAAGUGUCAGACAACAGGGAUUCUUUCUACGUCAACCUGUACCCAGACUUCUCAUCUCUCAGUCAAGCCAUUCUGGAUCUGGUACAUUUCUUCAAAUGGAAAACUGUCACCGUAGUGUAUGAUGACAGCACAGGUCUGAUUCGCUUACAAGAGCUUAUCAAAGCCCCAUCUCGGUACAGUAUUCGCUUAAAAAUUCGGCAGCUUCCAGCAGAUACAAAGGAUUCCAAGCCUUUGCUGAAGGAAAUGAAAAGGAACAAGGAAUUCCACAUAAUAUUUGACUGUGGUCAUGAGAUGGCAGCAGGCAUCUUGAAGCAGGCUUUGUCGAUGGGAAUGAUGACUGAAUAUUAUCACUACAUUUUCACCACCCUGGACAUCUUUGCCCUGGACUUGGAGCCUUACCGCUACAGUGGAGUGAACAUGACAGGGUUCCAGAUUCUCAACACUGAGAACAGCCAAGUUGCCUCCAUAAUUGAGAAAUGGUCAAUGGAAAGAUUACAAGCACCUCCUAAACCAGGCUCGGGAUUACUGGAUGGAUUUAUGACGACAAAUGCUGCCUUAGUUUAUGAUGCGGUUCAUGUGGUAUCGGUAGCUGUCCAGCAGUCCCCACAGAUGACCGUCAGCUCCUUGCAGUGUAAUAGGCACAAACCCUGGCGCUUUGGAAGCCGUUUCAUGAAGUUCAUUAAAGAGGCUCACUGGGAAGGAUUAACAGGCCGAAUUAUAUUCAAUAGUUCCAAUGGCUUGAGAACAGAUUUUGAUUUGGAUGUGAUUAGCCUCAAGGAAGAAGGGCUUGAAAAGGUUGGGACCUGGGAAACGAGCAGUGGAUUGAACAUGACUGAAAAUCGCAAAGGAAAGACAGCUAACAUCACCGAUUCAUUAUCUAACCGAUCAUUAAUUGUUACAACGAUUCUGGAAGAGCCUUAUGUGAUGUUUAAAAAGUCCGAUAAACCUCUUUAUGGAAAUAGUCGAUUUGAGGGAUUCUGCAUUGACCUCUUGAAAGAGUUGUCCAAUAUCCUCGGAUUUACCUAUGAGGUCAGACUGGUGGACGAUGGGAGAUAUGGAGUUCAGGAUGAAAAAGGACAGUGGAAUGGAAUGGUCAGGGAACUGAUGGAUCAUAAAGCUGAUCUUGCAGUUGCACCCCUGACUAUCACCUACGUCCGAGAGAAGGUCAUUGACUUCUCAAAGCCAUUCAUGACUCUGGGAAUAAGUAUUUUGUACCGAAAGCCCAACGGUACAAACCCUGGCGUUUUCUCCUUCCUGAAUCCUCUCUCCCCUGAUAUCUGGAUGUAUAUUCUGCUGGCUUACUUGGGUGUCAGUUGUGUGCUGUUUGUCAUAGCCAGGUUUAGCCCCUAUGAGUGGUAUAAUCCCCACCCUUGCAAUCCCGACUCAGAUGUGGUGGAAAACAAUUUUACCUUGCUAAAUAGUUUCUGGUUUGGAGUUGGAGCUCUCAUGCAGCAAGGUUCCGAGCUAAUGCCUAAGGCCCUUUCAACCAGGAUUGUGGGCGGCAUCUGGUGGUUCUUCACACUGAUCAUCAUUUCAUCGUAUACCGCUAACCUGGCUGCUUUUCUGACAGUGGAGCGCAUGGAAUCUCCCAUUGACUCGGCAGAUGACCUGGCGAAACAAACCAAGAUAGAGUAUGGAGCUGUUGGCGAUGGAGCUACUGUAACUUUCUUUAAGAAAUCCAAAAUAUCAACCUACGAAAAGAUGUGGGCCUUCAUGAGCAGCAGACAACAGACCGCGCUUGUCAAAAAUAAUGAAGAAGGAAUCCAGCGUGUCUUAACCACAGAUUAUGCCUUGCUAAUGGAGUCAACAACCAUUGAGUUUGUCACGCAGAGAAACUGCAACUUGACACAGAUCGGAGGCCUCAUAGAUUCCAAAGCUUACGGAGUUGGCACUCCCAUGGGUUCACCAUACAGGGAAAAGAUCACCAUCGCCAUUCUCCAACUGCAGGAGGAAGGGAAGCUGCACAUGAUGAAAGAGAAAUGGUGGAGGGGCAAUGGCUGCCCAGAGGAAGAGAGCAAGGAAGCCAGUGCUUUAGGAGUCCAGAACAUUGGUGGCAUCUUUAUCGUGCUGGCUGCAGGCCUAGUGCUGUCCAUCUUUGUGGCAGUGGGCGAAUUUCUGUACAAGUCGAAAAAAAAUGCACAGAUUGAGAAGAGGUCCUUCUGUAGUGCCAUGGUUGAGGAGCUCAGGUUGUCUCUCAAGUGUCAACGGCGUCUGAAACACAGGCCUCAGGCACCAGUCAUAGUGAAAACUGAAGAAGUUAUCAACAUGCAUACAUUCAACGACAGGAGAUUGCCUGGCAAAGAAACAAUGGCAUAAAGUGUAGAAAAUCCACACCGAGCACAAACAGUAAUCUUUGUUCCCAAUGACCUGCAAGAGUGUUUCCUGUGGAAAUAUGCAAAACCGUGCCGAACAAGCGAGUUACCUCAUGAUGCUGUGUUGAAAAAAAAAUUACCUACCUUAUGAAAACAGGCUGGUCGAAGUCAGAUUCCGAAACAUUGUCAAGGACCAAAACAUGCAAAUAAAAUAGUUAAAUGCAGUAAAGACUUUCCCCCUUCAUCCCUCUUUUCACCCCUCCCUCUUAUUUUCCCAUAUCAGAAAUUAAUGGUGAUCAUAAAGAAUAAGAAACACUGGACAACAGAGGGAAAACUGUGUUGAGUUAUAGCUAAAGUUAUACAAGGUGGAAAUGAUACUGAGGAUUGUCCAAACUUGUGCAGUUGUGCUGUAAUAGAGGCUGUUCAAAAUAAUUGAGGUUUAAGAUGAAAGAGGACUGAGACACUUUGGAAAGAAAUGGUGAAACUCUGAUGCGAUAUUUCAUGUAUUUGUAUCACCAUCAGAAAGGAAUACAAGGCAAUAAUUGUUUUCUGUCAAUUUAGCUUUUUUUUACAAUGGAUCAGACUGCUUUGAACCAUCGCCAAAUGAAAGAGCGUUAAACAAUUAAAUUUUCUAAACAAUGGAUUGCGAAGUUGUUUUCCAAAAUCUGAGUGAUGUAGGGUAUAACAAACAGCCUAAAGUCCUUUAAGUUUGUGUACUUCAUUGUGGUAACAGAAGAGCGUGUUCCCUUCAGCUCUCCCCAUCCGGGUCUCAAGAUUUGGUCCUUCCAAGUUGCUUCGCCCACCUGCUCCCACAUUCAGCUGAACUGAUUUGACACCUGGCCUUUCAACUCGUGUGGUUCCGCCUGAUUAAUUAUGGAUAUAGGAUUUUCACUGACAUGAUCUCAUGGUAAUGUUGCAGGAGACUCUUUUGUAGAAUGCACUAAAUCUCAAGUCACAACUGCUACAAAUCCUUGUGAGCAGUUUUUCAAGAUGUUCAUGUUUAUUUGUGGAAAUGCAAGAUUUAUAUGAAAAUAGUUUUUGUAUGGAAUUUUUGUAAUAAUUUUUAUCAGAAAAUGAACACACGGGCACUAAAUUUCAAUGAGUUUCCAUUAGGCUGAUAGCAUACAGUGAUGAACUAUUGUGUGUAAUAAAAGGCACAGAGUCUUGGCCAUAUAUUGUGAUAAUAAAUGAAGUGCAUACUGAGUAUUGUCUGAAAUUAAUGCACAGUCUUUAAAAAAAAGGAAUACAGACAUUUUUAUUUAAAUAUUUCACACUACAUUUAGGUCAGUGUUUUACCCAAAUUGGUUUGGUUCCCAUUGGCAGUAAGUCUGGCAUUUUGCAAAUUGAAAAAAAACUCACAAUAAAGGAAUUAUACAGAAAUAGGAAGCAUAAACAAUGAAUUUGCCACAACCACCCCCCACCCCAUCAUGCUUAUGAUUAAUGGUACCUAACCAAUAUAAUGUAAGCUUAAUUUCCUUUGCUGUGUCAUUGAAAUAAGAACUGUCAGCAAAAAAUUGGUCAGUUCAAAGUCUAUAAUCCAAAAAUCACAAAUAAAACCCCAACCAAGAUGCCCAUUUUCUUUUUGGUUCAUGCAAUCAGAAAACCCAUAUAUUCCACUCUCUCCUAUUUUGGUAUUGGUUACCUUUGAUUUACACCAUUUUUUUUCCCAUUUGAUAUACUAUUUGGAUGUUCAUUCCAAUAUUUAAUCGCCAUCAGAGCGAAGGAGAACUGCCUGUUGUUAGUCCUGAAUUUAUCUUUUAAUGAUUUGAAUCAGUAUGCUUUGUACUGUUCUUAUGAUGCUCUCCUGGGUUUAUCCCACACUGGUUACUAUCUCACAUUCCUUAUGAAUUCCUUUUCCCUUUGUAGUCAAAAAAAUCCCCAUUUUUAAAUUUUUCAUCAAGCCCAGCACUCACUACCUGAUGCUAAGGCUCAUGGCUUUCUCCUGAUCUGUCUCCAGCAUUUGAAUAUCAUUGAAUCUCGAUAACCAGAACUAGAAACAAGACUCAAGUUAUAGUCUGACCAAUGUAUUGUAUCGAUGGAUCAUGACUUUUUCUGACAUGUGUGCUGCUGUUUUGUUAAUAUAGAUCAGCAUUGUAUUGCUUUGUUGCCUUCUCCUCUGUAUUGAUUGAAUAUGUUGAGCGUUGAAUCGAUCAAGAAUUCUCUACAUUGUGAUCAACCAUUUUAACACCAUUCUUGGAAUACAUAUAUCCCUUUUGUUGCUUAUUUACAGAACUUUAGAGAUGGCCACCUGUUCACAUAUUAGAGGUAAUUCUGCAACUGUACAAAUCUAAUGAGGAGGUCUUUGCCCACCAUUACAGCACAUACCUGACCAUUUACGUUAAUGCUAGGAAGAUCAUGUAAUUCAUGUUUGAAUUCCAGUUUUACCUGAAAGACUCUUCGUGAGCAACACCAAAUCAACGGGUUACCUCUUAUUUUGCCCAGUUCAUUUUGUUGUUGUUGGUUUGCAAUCUCAAACUUACAACUUACAUUGCGAUGUCUGCACAAAAACACUCCUACAAUUGGUGUCAUUAUAGCAUUUCACCUGUGCAACUUCCAGUCCUCUGCAUGCAUCACAGUGAAACACUUACAAAUCUGU